AUGGAGGACGAGGGCGAGGGCGGGGUGGGAGCAGUGGGGCCCUACUGCCUCUCGGACCGCAGAUCCGCCCUGAUCGGGCCCCGGCUGGUGCUGCACGGGUCUCUACCCCUCGCCCGCAUCGCGGCCAAGAAGGUGGCGUGGUUCGACCAGCAGAACGGGCGCACCUACCUGAAAUACUCCAUCAAGGCGCUGGUGCAGAACGACACGCUGCUGCAGGUCAAGGGCACCGGCGCCAACGGCUCCUUCAAGCUCAAUCGCAAGAAGCUGGAGGGCGGCGGCGAGGGGGGCGCGGGCGGCGGCGCCCACAAAUCGCACAAGAAGGCGGUGGCGGCGGCCGCCACGCGGCGCGUGGACAAGAAGCCGGCGGCCAAGACCAAGAAGCCCGAGAAGAAAUCGCACAAGAAGGGGGCGGGCGCGGCUGCCGCCGCCAGGAAGGAGAAAGGCAAAGCCAAAAAGGCGGCCAAGAAAGGUGCCGCCUCCCCCGGCGGCAAGAAGGUGAAGAAGUCGGCCAAGCCGAAGGCACUGAAGAGCAGGAAGGCAUGAGAGCGGGGCGGCGAGGACACUGCCCCCGUGAUCUCCCUCCCCACCCCCCGCCCCGCCACCGAGGACUGAGCCCCCCCAGACACAGACUCUGCUCUGAGAACGGACCCAGGUUAUUCGCUUUGUCUUUGUGUCGCCGCCCUCGCUCUGCAGCCGCCUCCGUGCGCAGGAAGACUGGAGGAGGCGCCCGCUGCUCCCCUCCUCCCGCCCCGGGGGGUGGGGGGCUCGGUGUGAGCAGGGCGACCCCCGUUCGCGUCCCUGUAGUCGCUGAUUUUUUAAACGCUUAUGUCCCCCGCGCCCGCCCCUGCUCCGCACACCCCCGGCAGGGGCCGCGCCACGUGGCCCCGCUCCCGCGCUGCGGUGCCGGUUGCUUCGCUUCUUUCCGAAUUUUCGAACAUCUCCGGCGCCCCCUAUUGGCUCCGGUUCCCUGGCGGCGCCAUGGAAACGGGCUGCCCGGCGCCUAUUGGCUACAGGCGGCGUCUUUUCCCCUGCGGCGAGGCAGGAGCCCCGGGGGUGGGGGGAGCGGGCGCCGCGGCCCCUCGUGCGGCGAGCUUUUUU